AUGAGCCUGCAUGGACUCGGAGUGAUUGGGGCCCAGGUGGCCGCAUCCAUCAAGAGCAACGAUGAGAAGCACGCCUCGACGCCGAAGAUCCAGUCCCCUUCGACGUCGAUCCAGUCAACGCCCUCCAUCAAUGAACCCCGCAACCUGGACUUCGAUCCGCACGUCGGGGCCAAGCCCUACUCACCUUUCUAUCGCCAUGGAUCCCCCACCAUCUCGCAGGAGCAGCUCACCUUCGAGACCAAGAACGAGAAUCGCGAGCGCAGCGGGUUGAGGGAUAUCGAAAAUGCAGGCCCGUACUCGACGCGAAACGAGAGCCCGCGACGAUCGAAGCUGUGGGAAGCUGAGAAUCAGCCACGGUCAUGUAUGCAGUCCUUGACCACCCGACAGCGGAUGGCCUUGAAAGCAGUAGUGGCUGUGGUGACGGUGGGAAGCAUGAUUGCCAUCGCCCUGGGAAUCACCGCCGCCGUGGGGGGCGCGGCAUGGAGAGCCAGUGCAGAGCAGACGGCCCUGGGUGGAUGA